UUUUUGAUCAAACGAUAAACGUCAAUAACCGAAAGGUUAUGUGGUUAUCUGCACAACAAUAUUUACAAAUCAAAAUAAAGUAACAGGUAAAAGUAAAUCACACUCAAUUUAGAUAAAGGAUCUCAAAACAAAACGAAAUGUGGAAACGAACGAAUUAAAUCAUUAAAUAUUACAAUUUACCUAAAUAAUUGUUGCAAUUUAUGCAUGUAAUAUGACUGAGAUUAAGAAGGAAAAAAAGAAGCUCAAGAAACUUGCUCAAAAAUUGGAUUCUGACGACGAUGGUUCAGACCAUGAACUAUCUUAUUAUAUGGAUGAUAGGGUAAAAUUGAUGAAAGAGGUACUAAAAAUUAUAAAACCGAAGAAGAUUAAAGCCAUGGCACCACACUGUUUAAAACAUUUGAAAAUAGAUGAAAUCAAUUCUAUGUUAUUAGAAGAACUGCUUGGUAUAUCAAAUAAGCGAUUAAAAUGUAUAUUUGAUGGACAAAAUCUUGAGGAAGACUCCACUGAUCCUGAAGAAGAAAAAUCUAAAGAUAAAACCUCUGACAUAAUAUCACUGGAUGAUAUUAGUGAAGAUGAUUUUAUUGAUUUAGAUUCUGACAAAGAAGCAAAGAAUAAAAGAAAACACCACAUUAAGGGCAAAUCUUUCAAGAAAAAGAUCAAGAGAGAAAAAAAAGAACAACCAAAAGUAAAGGCAGAUGAAGAAAGUCUGAUGAGUGUGCUAGAACUACUGGAGUUGCAAGCCAGGGCAAGAGCAAUUAGGUCCCAACUUUUGUUGGAGCAAAACAAAAAAGAUGAACCAACUACAAGUAACAUCAAGGUUGAAGAUUCUGAUAAUGAAGAAGAUGCUGUCAUUAUUGAAGUUCCAAAGACUAAUGAAAUUGUUAUAACUUCAAGUGAAUCAGAAAAUGAACAAGAAUCUGCAAAACAGAAAGGUGAUAAUGACCAAGAAAAUAUUAUCAAUGUAUGUAAAGAAAUGGACAAAAAUUUAGAUAAAAAUGACAAGGUUACCUCACAUGCACAACAACAAGAAACUAUUACUAGUGAAUCCAAAGGAGUAAGAGAAAAUCAAAAUAAAACUGAUGGUGUGUCUUUAGAAAAAGAAAAUGUGCAAAAUUCAAAUAUAAAUAAAAUUGAAGAGAGUACAAAUAACAAGGUAGAUGUAAUUUGCGAUUCUACAAGUUCUGCUACUGAGGACAAUAAAAAUGAUUUAAAUGCAGAAAAUGAACAUUCUGCUACAAAAUCUAGUCAUGAAGAAGGAGAAGGAAUUGUACUAAAUGUUGAUGAAUCUGAAAUGGAUUGUAUAAUAUGUGAUUAAAUAACUGUACAUUUUUUU